CAGAGACGAGAUGCAGGAGUGUGUCUUUAAUCUGAGCUCACUUCAACAGUUAAACUCAUGGAUGGUGUUGUGUCUCAGGGCUCUCUGGAUCACUGAAAUCAAUCUCACACGCCUGUGAUCAUUAUUUUACCAGAUGGGGCCAUGAAUCAGAGCGAGGAGAGAGAGCAGAGAAAGGAGGGAUCCCCUCCCUCUAAAACUGCUCUGUGUGGGGAACAUGAAGGCCAGACCGAAGCUCUAAGCCCAGAGUGGCAGCUCAGACCCGACUCUGAGGAACCUGGACCCGCUCCCAGCUCUGUGUCUUUCAGCAGUGAUCGGUCUAUUGGUGAACCUCUAAACUUCCAAGAUGGACAUCAGUCUGAUCUUCAAAAACAUGGGCCUGCUCCCAUUUCUGUGUCCUUCGGCAGUGAUCGGUCUAUUGGUGAACCUCUGAACUUCAAGGAUCGUCAUCAGUCUGAUCGGUCUAUUGGUGAACCUCUGAACUUCAAGGAUCGUCAUCAGUCUGAUCGGUCUAUUGGUGAACCUCUGAACUUCAAGGAUAGUCAUCAGUCCGAUCAGCAAAGAGCUCAGCAGCAGGGAUCAGAAGUUCUCAUUGGUCGGUCUGCCCAGCAGCAUCAAACCCAGCAGGACACCAUAUUUAUGCUGCUUGAGGAGAAUAUGGUCUGUUUUGUGAAGAGUGAGCUGAAAAAGAUCCAGAGAGUUCUGAGUCCAGAUGGCCCAGAAUGCUUAGAGAGUGAGGGAGGGGAUGAAGAGGUACCUGAUGGUGAGGAGGGGGAACAGAGGAGGAGCAGCAGAGAGGCAUUUCUGAUUUUCACCGUGAACUUCCUGAGGAGAAUGAAGGAGGAGGAGCUGGCUGACCGUUUGUCUGAUGUAAUGAGGAAAUGGAGACAACAGGAGAGAGGAACCUUAACAGCGGACUGCCCAAGAAAGCUGAAGACUAACCUAAAGAAGAAAUUCCAGUGUGUGUUUGAGGGGGUCGCUAAAGCAGGAAACCCAACCCUUCUGAAUGAGAUCUACACAGAGCUCUACAUCACAGAGGGAGGGACUGGAGAGGUCAACGAUGAACACGAGGUCAGACAGAUCGAAACAACAUCCAGGAAACCAUACAGACCAGAAAUAACUAUCAGACAAGAAGACAUCUUUAGAGGCAUACCUGGAAGAGAUGAACCAAUCAGAACAGUGAUGACGAAGGGCGUGGCUGGCAUCGGGAAAACAGUCUUAACCCAGAAGUUCACUCUGGACUGGGCUGAAGGCAAAGCCAACCAGGACAUCCAGUUCACAUUCCCAUUCACUUUCAGAGAGCUGAAUGUGCUGAAAGAGAAAGAGUUCAGCUUGGUGGAGCUUGUUCAUUAUUUCUUCAAUGAAACCAAAGAAGCAGGACUCUGCAGGUUUGAAGACUUCCAUGUUGUCUUCAUCUUUGACGGUCUGGAUGAGUGUCGACUUUCUCUGGACUUCUACCAAACUAAAAUCCUCUCUGAUGUUAAAGAGUCCGCCUCAGUGGAUGUGCUACUGACAAACCUCAUCAGGGGGAAUCUGCUUCCAUCUGCUCGCCUCUGGAUAACCACACGACCUGCAGCAGCCAAUCAGAUCCCUCCUGGGUGUGUAGACAUGGUGACAGAGGUCAGAGGGUUCACUGACCCUCAGAAGGAGGAGUACUUCAGGAAGAGGUUCAGAGAUGAGGAGCAGGCCAGCAGAAUCAUCUCCCACCUCAAGACCUCCAGAAGCCUCCACAUCAUGUGCCACAUCCCAGUCUUCUGCUGGAUCACUGCUACAGUCCUGGAGGAUCUGCUGAAGACCAGAGAGGGAGGACAGCUGCCCAAGACCCUGACUGAGAUGUACAUCUACUUCCUGGUGGUCCAGACCAAAGUGAAGAACAUCAAGUAUGAUGGAGGCGCUGAGACGGAUCCACAUUGGAGUCCAGAGACCAGGAAGAUGGUUGAGUCUCUGGGAAAACUGGCUUUUGAGCAGCUGCAGAAAGGAAACCUGAUCUUCUAUGACUCAGACCUGAUGGAGUGUGGCAUCGAUAUCAGAGCAGCCUCUGUGUACUCAGGAGUGUUCACACAGGUCUUCAGAGAGGAGAGAGGACUGUACCAGGACCAGGUCUUCUGCUUCAUCCAUCUGAGUGUUCAGGAGUUUCUGGCUGCCUUUCAUGUCCACCUGACCUUCACCAACUCUGGAGUCAAUCUGAUGCUAAGGAGACCAACUCCAUCCCUAAUACCUAAAAUCUUUAGAGACAAAGACACACUAAAGUAUCUCCAUCAGAAUGCUGUGGACCAGGCCUUACAGAGCCCAAAUGGACACCUGGACUUGUUCCUCCGAUUCCUCCUGGGUCUUUCCCUGCAAACCAAUCAAAAACUUCUACAAGAUCUGCUGACACAUAAAGGACGUGACUCAAAGACCUGUCAGGAAACAGCCCAGUACAUUUUGACGAAGAUAAGAGCGAAUGUGUCUGCAGAGAAAAGCAUCAACCUGUUCCACUGUCUGAAUGAACUGAAUGAUCAUUCUCUGGUGAAGAAGAUCCAACAGUCCCUGAGAUCAGGAUGUCUCUCCACAGAUUCUUUAUCUUCUCCUCAGUGGUCAGCUCUGGUUUUCAUCUUACUGUCAUCACAAAGAGAUUUGGACGCGUUCGACCUGAAGAAAUUCUCUGCUUCAGAGAAUACUCUCCUGAGGCUGCUGCCAGUAGUCAGAGCCUCUUACAAAGCUGUGUUGAGUGGAUGUAACCUGUCAGAGAGAAGCUGUGAAGCUCUGUCUUCAGUCCUCAGCUCUCAGUCCUCCAGUCUGAGAGAGCUGGACCUGAGUAACAAUGGCCUACAGGAUUCAGGAGUGAAGCUGCUUUCUGCUGGACUCAGGAGUCCACACAGUAAACUGGAAAGUUUAAGGUUGACUGGAUGUAACCUGUCAGAGAGAAGCUGUGAAGCUCUGUCUUCAGUCCUCAGCUCUCAGUCCUCCAGUCUGAGAGAGCUGGACCUGAGUAACAAUGGCCUACAGGAUUCAGGAGUGAAGCUGCUUUCUGCUGGACUCAAGGGUCCACACAGUAAACUGGAAAGUUUAAGUCUCUCAGACUGUCUGAUUACAGAGGACGGAUGUUCCUCUCUGGUCUCAGCUCUGAAAGCCAACCCCUCCUACCUGAGAAAGCUGGACCUGAGCCACAACCAUCCAGGAGACUCAGGAGUGAAACUGAUUUCUUCUGUGCUGAAGAGUCAGUACUGUAAGCUGGAAACUUUAAGGUUAACUGUAUGCAAUCUGUCAGAGAGAAGCUGUGAAGUUUUCUCAUCAGUCCUCAGUUCCCAGUCCUCCAGUCUGACAGAGCUUGACCUCAGUGACUGCAACCUGCAGGAUUCAGGAGUGAAUCUACUUUCUGCAGGACUGGGGAGUCUACACUGUAAACUGAAAGCACUAAGGUUAACUGGAUGUAACCUGUCAGAGAGAAGCUGUGAAGCUCUGUCUUCAGUGCUCAGUUCCCAGUCCUCCAGUCUGAGAGAGCUGGACCUGAGUGACAACAGCCUGCAGGAUUCAGGAGUAAAAGUCCUUUCUGUUGGACUGGAGAGUCCACACAGUAAACUGGAAACUCUCAGUUUGUCAGGAUGUCUGAUUACAGAGGAAGGAUGUUCUUCUCUGGCCUCAGCUCUGAAUGCCAACCCCUCCCAUCUGAGAGAGCUGGACCUGAGCUACAACCAUCCAGGAGACUCAGGACUGAAGCUGCUUUCUGCUGUACUGGAAAAUCCACUCUGGAGACUGGACACUCUCAGGAUGGCCCCUGGUGGAUCAUUUUGGUUAAAAUUUGGAGGAAAAAAGUAUUUCUGUGAACCUUUACUGGACCCAAACACGGCUCACUGGAACCUUGAACUGUCUUACGACAACAGGAAGGUGACAUUUGUGAGAGAGGAGCAGUUAUAUUCUGACCAUCCAGACAGAUUUGACAUCUGGAGCCAGCUGCUGUGUAAAGAUGGUCUAACUGGUUGCAGAUACUGGGGGGUUGAGUGGAGUGGCAGUGUUCAUAUAGCAGUGAGUUCCAAAAGUAUCAGAAAGAAAGGGGACAGUCGUGACUGUUUGUUUGGAUUUAACGAUCACUCCUGGAAGCUGUUCUGCUCAGAUGAAGGUUUUGCUGUCUGGCACAAUAACAUAAAAACAGACAUCCCUCUCUCCUGGUCCUCUUCCUCCCGUAGAGUAGCAGUGUUUGUGGACUAUCCUGCUGGUUCUCUGUCCUUCUACUGUGUCUCCUCUAAUGCAUUGAUCCACCUCCACACCUUCAACACCACAUUCACUGAACCACUCUAUCCUGGGUUUGGGUUUGGGUUUCGUGUUGGUUCUUCAGUGUCUUUGUUCUCACUGAAAGAGACUCCUCCUCUUCAGAAGCGGAAAGUGCUGCGUGUGCGUCCCUUCAGGAAAUAAAAUUCAUUCAAUUUUUUUCACAAAUGUUAAAUGUUUCCAGAAACCAUGGCUUAAUUUCUUCAAACUCUGAACAAAACUAAGACAGUUAACCAAUUUGUUAAAACUCUACCAAUGUGUUUUGACACACAUGUUCUGUCCUCUCCAUAUAACCUGGGGGUUACUCCAUCAAAGUAGUGAACAGGCUAAGCUUUCCAGAGUUGUCCUGACUUGAACCACAUACAACUUUCAGUUCAGCCUCAACUCAUUCCACUAACAAGACUCAGCUGUGUCAGCUUACUGUAGUCUGGUUUCAUGUGUGUGCUCAUGCACACAUGAUGAUUGCUGAUCAGGAUGUUUAUGAAGCCCAAAUCAAUUGACAGUUGAAAAGAGGAUGAUAAAUGUGAGCCGGGUGAAACAGUGUAUGUUGAUAAAGUUUUAGGAGGAAAAUGAACAAGACUGGACCAAAAACAGCAACACUUUCACUACUAAAGAACCAGUGAAGAUGAAAUUGCCAAAAAUGCUGGUGGAUUUAAGACGUAUAUACAGUCCUAUUUAGUUUUAUUGAUUCUUUUUAAAAAAAAUGGACAUGAAGAUAUUCAAUUUUGAUAUCAAGAUUUCAAAAGGCUGUAGCCUAAAAGUGGUUAGA